AUGGGCCUCACUAAGCAGUAUUUAAGAUACGUACCAAGUGGUACUUUUAACGUAAUAGCUAGUCCUGAUAGCAAUAGUACUCACAUAACAUUAAAUGGUGUUAGUGGUAGAUAUAUUGCUGUUGGAGCAUGUGAACAUGUUAUUAUUUGGGACAUGAGAUUGGGAGAAAAGGCUCAAGUAAUACCAGGAGAGAAUGUAACAGUGUCUCAAAUUGCUGCAAGUCCUACGGUAAAUCACAUGGCUGUUGGCUAUGUUGAUGGCAAUAUCAAUGUGUUUGAGUUAGUUAACAAUGAGAUUGUUUGUGUAUUUGCUGGGCACAAGUCAGCUAUAACUUGCUUGCAGUAUGAUGAGCAAGGGCACAGAAUUGUUUCAGGGUCUAAGGACACUGAAGUUAUUCUAUGGGAUGUUGUCUCAGAAACUGGCAUAGCUCGAUUUAGUGGACAUAAAGGUGUAGUGACUAGUGUGCUUUUCAUUAAUGGGCGAAACUGUGUAGUUAGUUCUUCUAAAGACACUUUUGUAAAAUUUUGGGAUAUUGAAACAAAACACUGCUUCAAAACUCUUGGUGGACAUCAAAUGGAGGUAUGGUCUGCAGUGCUAUUGAAAGAAGAAAGAUAUUUGGUGACUGGAAGUUUAGACCAAGAAUUACGAGUGUGGAAAUUAAACUGGACAGAUAAAAUUAAAGAGGAAGACAAGAUUACACAACAACUUGAAAUUGUAAAGUUAGAAGAUACAGACAACACAGAGGAUACAUCAAAGUUACAAUGUCACCAAGUUGGCACAUUAGUGCGUGGUGGUAAAGGGAGAGUGGUAGGCCUUGCCACAGACCUUGGACAAAGUGUACUCGCCUGCUAUGGUACAGAUUCAUUAUUAGAGCUGUUUUAUUUUUGCUCAGAUGAAGAGGCUAAAGGAAGAAUGAGUAAAAGAGUUAAAAAACAAAGGAAAAAAUUAUUGAAGCAAAAAGAAAGUGGGGAAGUGGAUGUAGAAGCAACAGAGGUGUCAGAAAUUCUCACACUGUCAGACGAAGUGCGACGGUUGGCGUCUGUCAAGUUGUCGGCCAAGCUGAAGUCCGCGACCUUGCUGGUGGGAACCACGGGCGAGCUGCGCGUGGGCGUUACUCUGGCCACCAAUACUGUGGAACUUCAUAGUUUGACUAUCGCUGAAGGCAAUGAAGUGAGAUGUCUGAAACAAAUCACUCAGCCAGGGCAUCAGAGGGAACCACGGUGUGUUGCCAUCAGCUCCGACAACCUUGCUGUGCUCUCUGCAUCAGCAGACUCUAUUAAGCUCUGGAACAGGACGAGCCAGGCGUGCCUGCGCACGGUGGCGGCGGGCGCGCGCGCGCAGGCCGUGUGCUUCGCGCCGGGCGACCGCCACGCGCUGGCGGGCUGCGCGGACGGCGCGCUGCUGCUGCUGGACGUGGCCGCCGCCGCCGUGCUGGAGCGCGUGCCGGCGCACCGCGACGCCUGCACUGCUGUCGGACUCACGCCGGACAUGCGCGGCUGCUAUACUGGUGGAGCCGACAAGACUGUGAAGCUAUGGACAUUCGAGCUCAUACCGGACCCGACAGGAGAUUCUAAAGCCAAAGUAUUAUCAGUUCUGCACACUCGAACGCUGGAGCUAGAGGAGGGUGUGACGGCGGUGAGCGUGAGCCCCAACAACAAAUUUAUUGCGGUGGCCCUCAUGGACUCCACUGUCAAGAUAUUCUUCCUUGACACAUUUAAAUUCUACCUGUCCCUGUACGGGCACAAGCUGCCGGUGCUGUGCAUGGACAUCAGCUCCGACUCGUGCGUGGUGGCGACGGGCGGCGCCGACCGCAACGUGAAGCUGUGGGGGCUGGACUUCGGCGACUGCCACCGCUCGCUGUUCGCGCACGACGACUCCGUGACGGCGCUGCGCUUCGUGCCCGCCACGCACUACUUCUUCACCGCCGGCAAGGACGGCAAGGUCAAGCAGUGGGACGGGGACACCUAUGAGAAUAUUAUUACGCUCAAUGGCCACUCGGGCGGCUGCCACGCGCUGGCGGUGGGCGCGGGCGGGCUGCACGCGGCGUCGUGCGGCGCGGACGGCGCGCUGCGGCUGUACGCGCGCAGCGACGAGCCGCUCGUGCUCGGCGACCGCGCCGACGAGGAGGAGGGGCUCGCCACCGGGGAGCAGCGGGCCCCAGUCCCCGGGUUGCCAGGUUUAAACAUGCCAACCAAGAAAACCAUUGGGGCUGAAAAAGCUGCGGAUUCCAUCAUGGAAUGUUUACAAAUAGGCCUCGAAUAUCAAAAGCAAGUGGAGGAAGCGCGCGGGCAGUUCGUGCAGCCGCCCGUACUCAUGGCGGCCUACAACUGCACCACCCCUGAGGACUUCCUGCUGGAGACUAUUAAGAAGAUACGAUCUAGCGAGCUGGAGGAAGCGCUGUUGCUGCUGCCGUUCAGCGCGGCGUGUAGCGUCGUGCAGCAGCUGCCGGCGCUGCUGGAGCGCGGCGACGCGCGCGAGGCGGCGUGCCGCGCCGCGCUGUGCCUGCUGCGCGUGCACGGCGCGCCGCUGCGCAGCCACGCGCCGCUGCUCAAACACCUCAUACAGAUACAGGCCAAGGCCAACAUGCGAUUGAACGAGCUGAGGGACAUGGUCGGGUUCAACCUGCACGCGCUGCAGUGGCUGCGCCGCGACGCGGAGGCGCUCGCCGCCGAGCAGCUGUUCCGCGACGCCGCGCUCGCGCGCCGCCGCCACACGCGCCGCCGCGCACUCAAGCGGCCCAUUGUUACUAUCACU